AUGUUGCUUUUGGCACGGAACUGCUUCUACAUUCUGGAGCAACCAUCAAAUACUUUGCUACACAGACAUCCUAGAUGGGACUAUUUCUGCAAUCAUGUGAGCUUCGUUUUCCGGUGUGCUUUUUGGAUGCUUCUUCACGGAAGUCUGAGUUCCAAGCGUACGGUUUGCUUCUCGAAUGGGGAAUGGAUCCAGCACUUGGACCUGGGAACGCUGUCUGCCGCGCAGAGGAUUUCACAAACAAAGAUUGAACCAACCAGAAAAUACGUUCGUAAAGGUCAACAGAAGUUUCAGGGAACUUCCCAAUUGAAAUCCACUGGGGCCUAUCCUCCUGGCUUUGCACACAAGAUCUUAGACUCUUACGAAAGCCGUGGGACAGUUGGCUGUGCUUUGAGAUUCAAGAGGAAAAUCGAUGUUUCAAAAACCGACCGGCAAAUCUUUGAGGAGUUGGAUUUAGGAGAUCUUUGGCUUGAGUCCAAGCUUCACCUGGCUUGGUUUUACAUCCAUGGCAACAAAUAUUUAGCAAUUCCAGAAUCGUGGAGGGAUACCAUGGAAAGCUUUCACCGAGAGCUUUGUGCAAGGGUAAGGAUCGAUGAAUCUGAUCGCCAAGCCCUUAACCAGCUCAUUGCAGAAUGCAAUGAGCUUUGA